GCUCAUUGAUUCUCCAUCUUCUACGCUCCUACCUACCCCAAAAACUCUUUCAAACCCCCCCAUAACGAGUUACAAUGGACCCAUAUCAGAAUCAAGGUUACGGCGGUAACCAGGGCUGGACUGGUGGUGCAUGGAACCCUGCCCAACAUGGGUACAAUCCAAACAACAACUGGCCACCACAACCUCCACAGCCCCCACAGCAACUACUCCCUCCUCCUCCUCAGUACAAUACGCAAGUUGCUUCUUCUCUUUUCUGCUGCGAGAACUGCCAGCGUGUUGCUGCUCCAACUCAGCCAAGCGUUCAUGCAUAUACCACUCGUUUGGCGUUUUUUACGGCACACAUCUUGCAUCCCACUGUGGCUUCCUACACCCAGGUACCUAACCGCAAUCAACACCCGAAUUGCUUUGCUAGUGAUGUACCUCAAUCUCAAACAAUUGCCCCUACUGGGGGUCAUGGGGGUCAUGGGGGUCAUGGUCAAGGUACCAAUGCCCAGCAGAUUGCACAGCAAGUCAUCCAGCAGCAAGGUGGCCAGCAACAGCAUGGUUUCAUGCAACAAGCUCCAACCGGACCUGCUGCAGGUGCUGGUACUCAUUACACUGCUGUUACUGGUAGCAGUCAUCAAUCUGGCUUUAAUCAGCAAGGAAACUACCAAGCUGGUGGUGGUUAUGCUCAAAACAAUGCUGCACAACAACAUCCUCGCCCAAAUGGCCCUCCUAGCAACACCUCGAUGGCUAUAAUCGGUCCUAUUAUGCAUGCUGGCUCAUCUUACAGCAUCGAUCCGAACACCGCCAUCCCUCUUCCACGAUUUCCUCGUCCUACUUUCCAGCUAAAUGUCAAGUUUCGUCUUGAACGCUUCCGUCCAGAUCCUCCACAGCAGCCUUUUCAGUAUGGAAUGCCAAAUUAUCAAGGCUUCAAUGCCUACCAAUACCCAUCGUACAUGAAUCCCUAUCCUAACACUGCCGUCUCCACCUCCACUGGUGGCCCUAAAUCCAGGGACAACAUGGAGCUUAUAUGGUACUACUGGCCAGUUCAGCUCGAGGUUCCUCUCUGGGCUAGAGGUCAGAAUACUUUGACUUCCGCACCAGAUAUUGGUGCUCAACUCAUUCGAGAGGGCAUGCAGAUCAUCAAUGGAGAGCGUUGGGGCUUCAUCCAGCACCAAGAGAAUCCAGAGGGCUUGUGGCACAAGCGACGAUCUUACAAGAUCCUCGAGUGUCCUGUUCAUGGGAUGUACUGGAAGGUCACUGUCUUCGUUCGUCGUGGUUAUUAGGGUAUUUUAGAAGGCAUUGGGUCAAUUUUAAGCCUUGA